GCAGUGUGACUGCUGUUUCAGUAAAAUGCCCGCGGCAGUGAGAAAACGUUAUUACUUCCGGGGCACGUAGAAAAUAAACGGUUAGCUUAAUGCUAGUUUGGUUAAAGCGAAUGCUGCUGUACAGCAAUGCAAGUAUCUCAGACGUUAGCGAAGAGAUAAGGUUUCUUACUUGAAAUUAUCUUCUGAAGCUUCCUCAGUUGGCCCAAGCUGUUGCCAUAGCACACUGAGAAACAUGACUGAUCCACGCAACCCAGGAAUGUCCUCUAUCCCUCAGACAGCCCCAGUGCACACUGACUCCACAUCUCCGGCAGUAGAGAUGGACCCAGUGGAGUACACCCUUAGGAAGCGCCUCCCCCGGAAACUCCCAAAGAGACGGAACGAUGUUUACGUCAACAUGAAGACUGACUUCCGGGCUCAGCUGGCACGCUGUCAGAAGCUGUUGGAAGGUGGGGGUCACAGGGAGAUCUGUGUCCACGGCCUCGGCCUGGCCAUCAACAGGGCUAUCAACAUCGCCCUUCAGCUGCAGGCCGGCAGCCAGGGGGUGCUGCAGCUGGCAGCCAACACCUCCACAGUGGAGCUUGUGGACGACCUGGAGCCUGAAGAUCCUGAUGAGGCCGGGGAGCCCAUGACGCGUACACGCAACAACUCAGCCAUUCAUAUUAAGGUUUUCUACCCUGACCCCCAGUGAGCUGAAUAGAGGGGCGUUAAGCAGAGGUUCUCUGUGAGUCUUCAAAUCCUAUUUGUUCCCUCAUAAACCAGUAGACGGAUAUAACAUUGUUUGUCUGUGUGUGGAGAUCUUUGACGACAGCAGCUGAGGACUGCAGAAUGGAGCAUACAUACAGUGUGUUGACUGUACAAUCAGUAAACUGUGUUGGGAUGCUCCAGUUUGGACAACCUUAGUUGACUGAGUAUACUCUUUUGUCGUUUUGUUGCUGUUCCUUUUUUUAUUCAUUGUGCAUGUCUUUAAGCAACAAUGGUGUUUGCCAGGUGAAACCUCAAUUUAAUUUAAUACUUGUCGACAUGGCUGUGCCAAAUGUAAACGUACAAGUGUCUUUAAUUUAAAGGUCCAACCAAGUGUUUAGUUCCAUGUCUGUAUGUUGUUGUUGUUUUUUAAAGAUACAAAUAAUUAGAAAACCUGAGGCAUUCUAAGUUUGAAUUUCAAGCAGGUGUUGUUGGAAUAAAUGUCCACUAGAUGUCAGUAGUCAAUCUAUUUCAUUGUUUUCAGGAAGACGAUGUAUAUUAUCUCUUGAUAAAAGAAUAUGAUUUGCUGUAAUAUAUCUUUAACUCUCGGCUCUGCAUCAACGACAGGAAUACUUGAUCAGGAUUAAAUGAAUGCAUUUCAUUUAAGCCCAUUAAGGUCUGUGACAGCAGUUUGUAUUCAGCAUCUGAAACGCAGAGGCUUACUUGUUAACUCCACUGACCUGUAGAUAAAGAUAAUGAAUGAAAUGGACAAA